UCACCUCCCCGGAGCAGGCUCAUUCCGUUGCUCUGAAACCGAACUGGGACUCGAGGUGAGGGCAGCAGUGACUGUCCAGUACAGAUACGGCUUCUGGGAUCAGCAUCUGAGUGUAUGGAGCACUCCUAAAUGGAUGAUCGCUGGCCCUUUGUUCAGCAUCCAGGCAGAACCGGCCGGGGCCGUGGCCGCCAUUCACCUCCCGCACUUCCUGUGUCUCAGAGGGGCUGACACCUCCCGGAUUCAAAUCGCCCAUUUCAUCGAGGAGGGGAUGACCCUGGAGAAGCCAAUGCAAGUGAGGCCGUUCCACGCCGUGCUGGAGAACCCCAGCUUCUCCCUGUAUGGAGUGGUCUGGGGGAAUCGCUCCAAACCACCAGUUCUGAUCCACUCCAUUGUGCUGCUCUACUGGGCACUCAAGAUGGCAAAGACAACUCUUCACCUCUACAUCAUCCCUAAUGACCACUCCCGGUUCAAGGCCGUUGAUGACUAUGAAAAGAAGUGUCCAUCAAGGCUGGUGUCGACAUCUCUUCAGACCCAUAAGCCCCUGACCUUUGAUUCUCGUUACGUUGUGUCCAGUCAAGCAAACAUAGAGGUGACUCCCAAGGAGCUGGAGUUUUGUAACAUCCAAGCAGAGUGUCUGCAGUCGUAUAUGGAAAUCUACACCAAGGACAUUCAGGGGGGACUGGAGUUCAGCUUGGUAGAGAAAAUUAACAAGGAGCCCAUCUGGGAGGCACAUGUGAGACCAGAGGAUGCGACGCUUUCUGUUUCAUCUGCCCAAACUCAAACAGAUGAGCAUUUUGUCAACCAGCACCGAGAACAGCUGAUCCAGCGGGUGAUGGCAGUGGAUGGCAUCCUGGAUUCAUUGUCUGGCCCCGUUCUGAAUCUGGACCAAAUCCAGAGCAUCCGAGCGGAGAGAUCCAGUGUGGAGAAGAUGAGGAAGCUGUACGAGCUGGUGCCUAAAUGGGACAAUGACUGCAAGGACCGGCUCUACCAGGCACUGAAGGAGAAGCACAGACCUCUAGUGGAAGAGCUUGAGGGGCUAUAGAUUGUCCUUUGGGGGCAGCAGCAUUCUAGUGGGGGGACAGGAUGUGCUUCAAGAUCUUCUCCCAAUUCCAAACGACCAGCCCAACAGCCGGAGUCCAUAACCCAUAACAGGGUCAGUCAGGUGCUGGUCUUCUGCUGCUUCACACCCAGCUUAUUGUGCUAAGGUGAAUAUUGGUCUCCUGAUGAGAACAGCUGGGGUGUGGGAGUCGGGAUUCCUGGGUGGUGUUCCUGGCUCUGGAAGGGGAGUGGGGUUUAAUGUUUGGUGAGGGGGGCAGGGCUGGGAGUCAGGUUGCCUGGGUUCUAUUUCCUGAACCGAACUGGGGGGAUCGAACUCCUA